AUGCAAAUGAUUUAAGAGAAAAAAUUUUAAGAAUUCAACUCAAAAUUAAUUGAACUUUAUUCAUUAAAUCAAAAUAGGUAUUCUCUAUUAUAAGGGAACAUUUAUAAAACCUAUAAGUUUCUGAAAAAUUAUUGA